AUGCACCCGGCCCACGAUGAGUUGCAGCAGAAGCCGAAGAAGAAGAGCAACAACGUGUGGACCAAGUCCACCUCCCGNCCCGAACCCCAAUCCAACGGCCACGCCUACCCAGCCGGCGCCGACGAUCCUCCCCCGCCGUCCGAUGACGACGCCGACGACCCCGACGACGACGACGACGACGACGACUCCGCCCCGGCGAGGAAGAAGCAGAAGCCCCUCUCCGCCUUCGCCUCCGCCGCCGCCGCCGCAGCCCCUCCUCUCCCCGCUCCUCCCUCCGCCUCCGCCUCGGCCUCGAAGAAGCCGAAGAAGAAGAGCAACAACGUGUGGACCAAGUCCACCUCCCGCAAGGGCAAGAAGAAGUCCAAGCCCUCCCCCCACGCCCCCGCCCCGGAGGACACCGUCCUCAUGACCCCGAUGCCCCGCGGCUUCCCUGACCGCUCCGACGACUCCCCCGACGCCCGCAUCUGCCUCUCCCGCAUCUACAAGGCCGAGAAGGUCGAGCUCAGCGACGACCGCCUCGCCGCGGGGAGCACCAAAGGCUACCGCAUGGUCCGCGCCACCCGCGGCGUGAUGGACGGCGCCUGGUUCUUCGAGAUCAGGAUCGUGCGGCUCGGGGAGACGGGCCACACCAGGCUUGGGUGGACCACCGACAAGGGCGAUCUACAGGCGCCCGUCGGGUACGACGGCCAUAGCUACGGCUACAGAGAUAUCGAUGGGACUAAGAUUCACAAGGCCUUGAGGGACAAGUAUGGGGAGGAGGCCUACACAGAGGGGGAUGUGAUUGGGUGUUAUAUUAGCCUCCCCGAUGGGGAGGCGUAUGCGCCGAAGCCGCCGCACCUGAUUUGGUACAAAGGGCAGAGGUACGUCUACUCGGCCGACGGCAAGGAUGAACCGCCCAAGGUAGUGCCUGGGAGUGAGAUAUCUUUCUUCAAGAACGGGAUAUGCCAAGGUGUCGCCUUCACGGACCUUUUCGGUGGACGAUACUAUCCCGCGGCGUCCAUGUACACACUUCCUAACCAGCCCAACUGCGAGGUUCGGUUCAACUUCGGGCCUGAUUUCGAGUUUUUUCCGCAAGAUUUUGGUGGCCGUCCGACCCCCCGACCGAUGAUCGAGGUUCCUUAUCACGGCUAUGAUUGUAAGAUUGAUGGGCCUGCUGAAAAUGGCGUUGCAGAGAAAACUAGUUAAAUUCCAUCUUCUUUUAAGUUUUGUUUUGUUUUUUAACUCUGGGGGAAGAGCAGAGAUGAGGAGUGUUAGAAGAAGCCCUUUAAGUUGUACAUUAGAAGGUGUAAGGCUGGUAUAUUAGCUGAUUGCUGAUUUCUGAUUUUAACUUUUGCCUUUUCUAUUAUUUACUGACUUAUUUUCAAGCAAGAAGAUUUCGGCAAUUGAA